UAAUUUAGGUGACCCCAUACUUUGAAUAUAUCUAUAAAAAGCCUCUAUACCCUUCUCUAUCUUCUUUGUAAUAAGCCAAAAACCUCUUUCUCCUUUUCUCCUUCUCUCUCUAUCUCAAAUUGUUUACCUCUUCAAACCAAAAUCAAAGCAAAGCUGCACAAACUUCUUAAAUAAAAAAAAGUUCUGAUUUCACUUUGGGUUCAAAGUUCAAACACUUAUAUAUCCAAAGUGGGGGUGUAUAUAUUAAUUUCAUGGAAGAAGUGAAGGGAAGUGAAAACAACUCAAACAUCACCAUGCUCCAAACCGAAGAUGAAAUGGAUCUUCGAAGAGGCCCAUGGACCGUUGAUGAGGAUCUUGCACUCAUCAAUUACAUUGCUACUCAUGGUGAAGGUCGAUGGAACUCCCUUGCUCGUUCAGCUGGACUCAAACGAACUGGCAAGAGCUGUAGAUUAAGAUGGUUGAAUUAUCUUCGUCCAGAUGUUCGACGUGGUAACAUCACACUCGAAGAACAACUUCUUAUUCUUGAACUUCAUAGUCGCUGGGGAAAUCGAUGGUCUAAAAUUGCUCAAUAUUUACCGGGACGAACCGACAACGAGAUCAAGAAUUAUUGGAGAACUAGGGUCCAAAAACAUGCGAAACAACUCAAAUGUGACGUAAAUAGCAAGCAAUUUAAAGAUGCCAUGCGCUACCUUUGGAUGCCACGUCUAGUGGAGCGCAUCCAAGCCGCGGCUUCCACCGCCACGACCACCACCACUAAUAAUAAUGGUUCUCCAAGUGUUACAACAACGAUCACUAGCACCAACAAUACGAUGUCAUGCAACCUAAACACCAAUUUUGAGGUUCAUAGUGGGAACACGUUAACUCCAAUAAUUAUGAACAACAAUUUAUGUGGUUCAUAUGUGACACAAAGUUAUACUCCGGAAAAUAGUAGCAACGGUUCAGACUCAUUUGGUACACAAGUUUCACCUAUCUCGGAAUUAAAUCAAGAUUAUUACAAUGUGCCGGUUGGAAGUAACAACAACAAUAAUAACCCUAAUUGUGAUUAUUUUCAACAAGCUCAACAAUUUGGCUUUUUGGAUUGCAUUACUAGCCCUACCGGGUUGUUCCCUCAAAUGGAUUUUAAUUCCGUGGAACCAAACACACCUUGGAUUAAUCAAGGGGACAAUUUCUGGAAUGAUGAAAACAUGUUGCUCUUUCAACAACUCAACGACAACAUGUGAAAAAUAAGGAAAUUAAGAGGGGUAUUAAAAAAAUUACAGGUGAUAAAAUAAUAGAGAUAGAAAAAUAUGAGCAAAUAGAAUAAAUUCAUAUGUAGGACACACAUGUAGAUUUUAAAUUAAGGAGUAUAAGAACAAAGAUGAAAAAUGUGAAUUACGUACUUUCAGUUUCUAGAUUUGUUUUUCCUUGUUGUUCUUUAAUUUUCCUUAUUUUAGAGGGGUGUGAGAAAUAUUUGUAUGAUUUAAGCUUUUCUUAAUGUAUGAUUUCAUUCUUUUAAAUGAUUAAACUUUAAUAUUUUAUUA